AUCUGACUAACUACUGUUAAAAUACAAACUGCAUAUAUAUAGAUUUGUUGUAGCUGCGGUUUACAUAAAACAACAUCUCUGCAGCACCUGUAUGUUGUACUUGCUUGGAGACAGGAAAUCGACACAGUAAUAUUUCGUUAAUAACACUCACAGUACCCAGAGGACAAAAUGUCGGGGUCUGUCGAAGAUGAUACCAAUGUGCUGUUAAGUGCAGCAGCUUCUGCUUCUUAUCGGAUGUUACUCAAUCUAAUGUUCCGAGUCUUGAGUUUUGUGAUGAAUGGAGUUUUACUGCACUAUGUGACCAGCCAGAUGUUGGGGGUGGUUAAUGUCAGACUUAUCUUACUACACAGUACCAUAUUGCUAGUGGCCAGGGAGGGCUUCAGAAGAGCUUGUGUCAGUAAAAGCAGUAAACAAAACUGGGGACAGGUCAUCAACUUAGUGUGGUGUAUAGUUCCUAUUGGAAUUUUGACUGCCAUGGUAUUCAGUUACGUGUGGCUCUAUCUGUUGGAAGUUCCUGAUCCUAUUCAGAUGCCAAACUACCACAUUGGCGUAUACAGCUAUGCCUCCUGUGCUGUGAUUGAGAUAUUGUCAGAACCUGUCUGGCUUACGGCCCACGCUUUCCUGUUUGUAAAACUGAAGGCAGUGAUAGAAAGUGUGUGUAUUAUUACCAGGAGUAUGAUCAAUAUUCUACUGGUGGUGUAUUUUCCUGACUGGGGGAUAAUUGCCUUUUCAGUAGCACAGAUAGUGUUCACUGUGUUGUGGGUGACUGCGUACUAUGCUUACUUCAGUUGGUAUGUUUCCACACAGCAGAAGAAAGAUGACAGUUUCCCAGUGAAAUCUGUAAGAGAGUUUUUACCAACAAAAGCACCUGGAAAGCCAUGGAUUAGUACACAUUUGGUGGUGCUGACCUGGAGUUUUGUCAAACAGUCAUUUCUGAAGCAACUCCUGACUGAAGGUGAAUAUUAUGUCAUGACAGUGUUUGGGGUUCUCAGUUUUGCUGAGCAGGGAGUCUAUGAUGUCAUCAAUAAUCUCGGUUCUCUAGCAGCAAGGUUUAUCUUUCAAGCAGUUGAAGAGAGCGGUUACCUGUUUUUUUCACAAACAUUAACCAGAGAAGUACCUAUCAAAGAGCAGAACAAGGACACAAUUCUGCUUGCGUCCAGAGUUCUGGAAAGUCUCCUAAAACUUGUUACAUACAUAGGGCUCAUCGUGCUGAUAUUUGGUUACUCAUACUCCUACCUGUUCCUGGACCUUUAUGGAGGGAACACUCUUAGUCAAGGACCAGGUCCAAUGUUACUGCGAGUGUACUGUCUCUAUGUACUCAUCAUUGCUAUCAAUGGCACCACCGAAUGUUUUGUGUUUGCAGCUAUGAGUAAGCUGGAUGUUGAUAGAUAUAACUACAAAAUGAUGCUGUUUUCUCUGCUGUUUCUGCUGGCAUCCUGGUCUCUCACUCAGUGGCUGGGAAGUGUAGGCUUCAUCCUGGCCAACUGUUUGAACAUGCUAGCUAGAAUAAUACAUAGUGUCUACUUUAUCAACCUGUACUACGAGGGCAGUGAAUUUCACCCUCUAAGAGGCAUCCUACCUUCAGCACCUGUGAUGAUCUCUCUGACAGCUUCACUUUUGAUCACAGCUCUCUCUGAGCAACUCCUAUGCUGUGAUAAAGGCAAUCUCUAUAGACUGGUGCAUUUCGGGAUAGGUGUCGUCUGCGGGCUGUCGGUCCUGGGUUCCAUAUACCUAAGUGAAAAGCAGCUGCUGAUAUUUAUAAAAGAACAGUAUCAGAAAAUGAAAAAAAUAAAGACUAAGACGAAUUAGUAAUAUUCAUUACAUUUCAUA